AUGAGUCAAAUAGGUUCUGUCGAUGCGAUGUGGACGUGGAAACUAAGCACCUUGCCAGAGGAGACUGGCACUGUGGUCAUCAGGAUAUAUUCCAACGGCACACCCACCCAAACUUCGAUAGAGGGCAUUGCUCCGCGUGAAACUCCGCAGUUCCUGCUAGAAAACGCUGACCGGAAUGUUCAUCUCUUACUGCCAGCUAACUCUGGAUAUGUUGUUCAAUCGGAUUUCCUUGAACGGCGCAUGGUCGACUGUCCGGAUGUGACCAAAGUACAAAGCUUUGUUAGUCCAGGACAACAAAUCAAAGGCUGCACGGCCGAGACAUACCAGUCCAUGAGCUUCUCGGACUUGCUUUCUCGCAGCUACGGCGCCAUUGCCGCCUCAACUUCUGCCACGAUUAACGAUGAGUUGGUGAAACGUCUUUCCUUUAACUGGCUCUCACCAAAUCCCAUACCGCGAAAGCGUUUGGCUCUCGUCGGUGCUGGCUCCUUGCCCAAGGUACAUGGCUACGCUUUGGCAGCUGCUUCGUUGAAUAUAGCGCUGGUUGUGUUUGAUGAGGCCAGUCACUGGAUGUCAAGCGACGCAUAUGCCCACCUGCGCGAAGAAUUCGUGCCGUUUGAUACAACCGUAGACGCAAACAUGGCCUCACGCAUUACAGUGGCGUUGAAGGAAUACCAAAGGGAGAAACAGCUUGAUGGUAUUAUAAGUGUUGAGGAGCAUCUCCAUACUAUUAUAGCCCACGCAGCUACACAGUUGGGCUUCAGCACCUCUCCACCAGAGUCCGUAGGGUUGGCACAGAACAAAUUCAAAACACGCCAGCUGGACACAAAUAUAUUUUGCCGAUUGGUACGCUCUCCAGCAGAUCUGGAAAAGGUGCUCGCAGAAGAAGGUUCGAAACUUCCCUACCCGCUUAUCGUGAAGCCUAGUAAGGGCUGGUCAUCCGAGGGCGUUUGGAAAGUGGCCAACGAAAAGGAGCUGCGUGAAAAAGUACCUUUGUUGUGGCGGGAGUCAUUUACCUCCUGGCAUGGCCACGACGUUGUAAUUGAGACGUACGUCGAAGGACCCGAAGUCGACGCCAACAUGAUCCUUGUUAAUGGAGAGAUUGUCUUUUUCGAGGUCAAUGACGACUUCCCCUGUGCUGGAGAUAGCGAGGACAAUGAAAGUGACACCCGGGUGGCCAAUUUCGUCGAGACAUCAAACAUGUUGCCAUCGGCUCUUCCUCCAUUUGAGCAGGAGUCUCUACGGAAAAGACUGCACGAGCUUGCUCUCGCUGCUGGAUUCCGAAACGCUGUGCUGCAUAUCGAGGCCAAGCUGCGCAACUCCAGUUGUCGUUAUGUAAAAGAUCCCAGUACAGACGGGCUUGUCGAACUGCAGCUCCAGACCCCGGCAACCACAACGACACAUCCAAAGGAUGUAUUUCUCCUUGAAAUUAAUCCGCGCGCACCGGGCUGGCAAGAAGUCGAAGCUACGGCACGUACUUACGGUGUGUCAUACUGGAGCAUCUCCCUUCUGAAUGCUUUGGCCGAUAAAGACCGCAUUCUAUCCUUAUCCAAGCCUUUUGUCGGUGGGGCCCAGUAUGACAUGCAGCUACUAUACGUCCCGGCUCAGAAGGGAGGCGUCUAUAACUUUGGCGAUAUUUGUACGACCGUGCUGCGGUCCGAUCCGCAAGAGUCUGGUCAAACACAGCAACUUGGCGCUCACGUUGUCAGGUGUGCUAACCUUAUGGAGGAUGGUGAAGAGGUUUUAGACCCUAGGACAGGACAAGUUUUUGGCAACUUUAUUGCCUUCUUCCUGAUAGUUUCCCGUAUAAGCCGCAUGGAAGCCAUGCUCAUUGGACGUGAAAUUGAGAAACGGGUUAGGGAGCAUACAAAUGGUUUCUAA